AUGGGGUGUAAUAAAAAUUGCGGCUUGCUGACAGGAACAAUCAUUGGGGCAGCGUUGGCCAUCCUCGGCGGAAUUUUAAUCCCAGUUGGAAAUAACCUCAUCGAGGACACAGUAGAAAAGGAAGCUGUCAUCGAAAAGGGUACAACUGCCUAUGAGAAUUGGGUUGUUCCAGGAAGUCCCAUUUACCGACAGUUUUGGCUCUUUGAUGUCCAGAACCCAGAGGAGGUGAUGAUGAAUGGUUCUAAUCCAAUCCUGAAGCAGAAAGGUCCUUACACUUACAGGAUGCGAUAUAAGCCCAAAGAAAACAUCACUGAACACGAUGAUGCUACCCUGUCUUACCACCUGGAAAAUAUUGUUCUUUUUCAACCUGAACUGUCCAACGGGUUGGAAAGUGACAAUAUAACGACUGUCAACUUUGCUGUUGUGACUGCACCUGUUUUAUAUCCAAGUCUAUCUCAAAUCCUGAAUAUGCUCAUACAACGAUCCAAAUCCAAAUUACUCCAAACGAGAACCGUGAAAGAAAUACUUUGGGGCUAUACAGAUCCUUUCCUGGAAUUAAUUUCAUUUCCAAACAUUGAUAAAGUCGUUGGAAUAUUCCAUCCUUACAAUGAAACAUUUGAUGGCCCUUACCGAAUUAACAGCGGGAAAGAUGAUAUAAAGAAGGUGGGAAUUAUACAGAGUUAUAAAAACAACAGGACUGUUGAAUACUGGAAAAGUUAUUGUGCUUUAGUGAAUGGCACCGAUGCGGCAUCGUUCCAUCCUUUUCUCAACAAGAGUGAAGUGCUCCGUUUCUUUUCUUCAGAUAUCUGCAGGUCAUUCUCUGCCACAUUUGAUAGAGAGAAGACAGUGAAAGGCAUUCCACUUUAUCACUUCGUUAUCCCUCCGUCGACUUUUGCAUCACCCGUUAACAAUCCUGACAAUAUUUGCUUCUGCACCGAAUCGGAGAUCAGUCAGAACUGCACAUUAAAUGGAAUUCUGGACCUCGGUCCCUGCAAAGAAGGCAGACCAGUCUACAUCACAUUGCCCCAUUUCCUACACGCGAGUAGCAAACUUUUUCAAUUUGUUGAUGGAUUGAAGCCAGAUGAGGAAGAACACAAAACCUUUCUGGAUGUAGAACCAACCACAGGAUUUACCUUGCACUAUGCCAAAAGGUUGCAGAUUAAUAUGUUGGUGAGACAGAACUCAAAAAUCACAGUACUGCAAAACAUCAAGCAUCACUUUAUCUUUCCUGUUCUGUGGAUGAAUGAGACGGCUAUAAUCAGUGAUGAGAAAGCAGAACUUUUCCGAUCAAAAGUGACCGACAAGAUCAAGUUGCUGAACAUUUCCCAAAUCGUGCUCAUAAGUCUUGGUUCUGUGAUGUUCCUGGGAUUCCUCAUUGCCGUUUGCGCAUGUAAAAAGACGAGUCCCAAAUAAGUCAUAGAGAAAGCAGAA